AUGUACAAGAAAUAUUCUAAGAAGGCCGAGGCAUCACCCACGAGCUCAACAUCUUCUUCAAGGGCACAGGAAGCAAAGGAUGAGAAGGAAACUACAGAAAUUGCUGCCGAUAAUGUUGAGAAGUCUUCAGACUCCAGAAAGACGAGUCUGGCCAGCCAGCAAUAUAGUAUUGGCCCCAAGGAUCUUAUGAUAAGCUACAGUCAUGCUGAUAAAGAGAUGAUGCACAGACUCAAGACUGGUUUGGAAGAGAAUGGAAUAACAGUUUGGGUGGACACUAUAGGACUGAAAGCUGGUGUAGAUUUCCUUAGUAAGAUAGGACAAGCCAUUAUUGAUGCUAAGCUGUUUAUAUCACUAGUUAGUGCCAAGACUGUAGAAUCUAAAUACUGCAAAGAUGAACUUGCCCUGGCCUAUGUCUCAAAUAAAGCAAUAUUCCCAGUAGGUCUGCAAACACCAGAUGAGCUGUUUCCACUAAUGGACACUGGCAUGAAGCUACAACUUGUGAGGUUUGAUUGGACAUUAAUACUGGAUUCGAACAGUUUUGAUGAACAAUUCCCAAAGUUGUUGCAGAAAUUAAAGAAACAACUAGCAGAAAUUAAUGGUGAAAUCACAGCCGAGAAGGAGAAGAAGUCGAAGGAUGAUUCUUCUGAAAAAGCAGUUCCAGAUGCUUCUAAAACGUUACAAAAGCGCAACUCUAGAAAGAACCUCUACACUCGUUCCAUGAGUCGUGAGAAGACUGGGAUCGACCUAACCAAAUCUGAUACAAGCGCGCCAAAGGUUCCGAGCCAUGAGGAAGACUUCUGGGAGGCCAACUUUCUUGGUCUUACUGAGGUUGAAUGGAAAAAGUUUGAAGAUGCCUAUACCAAGACAUAUUCCAAAGAGAUUGCAAUGUUGUACAGUGGGGAAUUCCAGGAAUGGUUGAAGGGAAUUAUACAGAGAGAGUUGGAUGCUGUGGAAGACCAUAUCGUUACAUAUGAAAAAUACACAGAUUUCUGUACUAUAAACGGCAAAGUGGAAACAUUCUGGUCGCGUGUUAUGGACCAGGCAGUCGAGAGCUACACGAUACGUGAGGUUUUUGACAUGGACUCUUCCGUAAGGGUGGAAGCCAUAGAGAAUCUAGGAAAAUUUGACAGCCCUCAAGUUGUUGAAGCCUUGAAGGAUCUCCUUUCCGACCAAGACAACAAUGUGCGAGCAGUAGCUGCUAUAUCAUUGGCUAAGACAGGCCCAAAGAGUCCACACAUAGUGAAAUGUUUAAUGAAGUGUUUGAAUGAUAAGGACAGACUUGUACGAGAGAGCGGCUGUAUUGCACUGGGUCAUAUGAAAGUUGAGAAGGCUGUAAAUAAACUUGUGCAGUUAUGGAGGAAUGAUUACAUCUCCAGUGUACGUGAUGCAGCAGCAGUGGCUCUUGAACUCAUAGGAGGUGAAGAGGCCAACAAGGCAAUGCACAUCACCAAAGUACUAGCAGAGGAGAUUCGAUUGCUUACACAGGACGAUUAGGAUACAGUGUUGACUCUUGGUUUU